AUGAAACUUUUAUUUUAUGUGCUGUCCCUAUUACUAAACUUUUCAUUAUUUGUUAAUGCUAAUAAGGAAAAGAUCAAUGAAAAAUAUUAUAGAAAAUGCUCUGGUAUGUACUCCAAGGAGGACUACAGUGGGAAAGUAGACCCAUUCAUCUCUUUUAAUGUUAAAAAAUUAUCAGAAUUAGCAGAAAAUGAUCCUGGCUUAAUUGUAGCAAUUUUUGAUUUCCAAGAUUUUGAACAUUUAGGUGUUAGAUUACCUGAUGACGAAUAUUACUAUAUCUGUGAUGAGUACGCUAUAGAUGCUAAGUUAUGUAACGAAUCCUCUAAAAACCAAUUUAUUAUUCAGGAUGUCGUCUAUGAUCCUUUUUCAAAUACUAAUAAAUCUAUAGUACAUCCGAUUAUGACCUUUUCCCAAGAUUUCACAGGUUUGCACGAUACUAAAUACCCUGUUACCAAGACUGGUUACUAUUGUGUUACUGCUUUCACAUACUCGGAAGGUACUAACUUCGAUGCUGUGGUCAAUUUCAGAAAUGCUUACGGUCACUUAGCUGCUGCUGAAAUUAACAAGUUGCCAUUGUAUGGUUUAUUGGGGAUCUUCUACGUGAUAGCAAUGGCUUUAUACUCUUUUGCCUUCUGGAAACACAAACAUGAAUUGUUGCCUUUGCAAAAAUAUUUAUUGGCUUUCUUCGUAUUUUUAACUGCCGAAUCAAUCUUUAUUUGGGCUUAUUACGAUUUGAAAAAUGAAAAGGGUAAUACCCCAGGUAUUACUGUUUAUAUGGUGUUCUUGUCAAUUUUAACUGCUGGUAAAGUCACCUUCUCUUUCUUCUUACUGUUGAUCGUUGGUUUGGGAUAUGGUAUCGUUUUCCCAAAACUGAACAAGACUUUGAUGAGACGUUGCCAAAUGUUCGCGGUUUUCAAUUUCGCCAUUGCUACUGCUUAUUUGAUCCAAAACUACUUGUCUAACCCUGAAUCAACUUCAUUGUUGAUCUUGAUCACUUUCAUUCCAUUAGGUAUCACCUUGUUCGCUUUCUACUACAUGAUUCUAAGAUCUAUGACAAAGACAAUGAUAUAUCUAAGAGAGCAAAGACAAGUAGUAAAGUUAGGUAUGUACAAGAAAUUGAUAACGAUCAUUUAUGGUUCUCUGUUCUUAAUAUUCAUGGGUACCAUCGUUUCUUCCUUUGUUUAUAUCGGUACAAACACUAUCGAAAUGAUCGAACAACAUUGGAGAACUAGAUUUUUCUAUACCGAUUUCUGGCCAACAUUGGUAUAUUUCGGUGUAUUUGUAACUUUGGCUUUUAUCUGGAGACCAACAUCAACCUCUUACAUGUUGGCUUCUUCCCAACAAUUGCCAACUGACCCAGAAAAUGUCGCAGAUUUUGAUUUAGACGAUCUACAGUCAUUAGGUGAAGUCGAUGACUCUGUCCCAACUGCCACCACAAAUGCAGACGAUUUAGAUUUAGAUUUUACAGAUGAUGAACUGGAUAUUCAAAACACAAACACUACAAAAAUAGAUGAUCAAACUCCAGUGACAAAUGAUAACAAAUAG